AUAAAUAAUCUUAUUUAGGAUGGAUGUAGGUCUGAUUAUCUAGAGUUAGUGGAAUUGACAACAAUGGUUUUAUCUGGUGAUGAACAGUACAGGCUAAGAAAACCUGGGCCUGUACACCAUGCCAGAUUUUUGGCAAAGGGAAUAUACUUUCUGAAAAUGCAUCUCCUUCUAAACAACAUUUCUAGCUUGACAGAUUUUGAGAAGAAAGAAAUAAAUGAUAUGGCAUUCUUCACAGCUGUAUUUUACACUGAGUGGUUUAUAAAGGCUGAAAUUCCGGCUGUCGCUCCAUAUCAGGAUAUGAAAGCUCUUUGGCAGACGAUGAGAUACUCAAAAAUCAAUCCUGUCCAGGCAAAACCUGUUAUAGAGUCUCUAAAGAGACACACCUGGUACAUAGACCCAAAUAUUUUAGUUAUGUCUCUUGUUGACAAAAAUGUACAAGAACGGAGUGACAUUGCCAAGAAGUUGUACUCACCCCAAGACCUACAACUUAUGCCAUAGAAAGACAUCAAGUUAAUUUAAAUAUACUGAACUCCCUUAUGUUUAAUGAUGUUACUCCCCCAAGUUUGACCCCGCUUAUAACUGACCAGAGUUGGUUAAUUUUUCAUAUCUUAAACCAUGCAAAUGCUAAAGUA